AUGCGGGAGCUGGAGUGGAGCCUGAUUCUCCGCUCCGGUCUGUUCCAACAUCAUACGCGCAAUCACCAUAUUUCCUCCAGUGCUUUGAGCUGUCCAGCCAAGAAUGCGAAUUGCCUUUGGCUCGUUGUCGCGCGUAGGCCACAGCAUCUGAACCCAAAACGCCCCAAUCGCGACCCCGCGCCCCUUGUCCCAGCCCACCAGCGCACACGGACUCAAAACACCUGCGAGCAACAGACGUCCCUCGAAAUGAGUGGUCAAAACGGUUACGGAAAUGGCUAUGGCUACUCUGGCUCAGGCUCCGGCCGAUACGAUGCGAAUGACGGAGCAUACAGUGGCAGCGGCAGCAGCCUCGGGGUGAGCGGCUACAGUGGACGGAGUGCCGGAGCAUCGAGCGCGGGUGGUCGAUCGGAUCGCCGACCUGGCGGUUAUGGCGGUUUCUAUGAAGAACCGUCGCAGCAAUCGACCCUGUCGCCCGGUCAAUCCUCAGCCCCGAGUCAAUCUCAGUCGCCCGAGCGCCGGCGCGAUCGGUCGGACCGUGAUUGGCAGCAGCCUUCUUCACAGUCCAAGUCCCGAUCUCGGUCAAGGCAUCAGGAGCCCGGAAGGAAAAGGCAGGAAGACCGGGCUGCAGAUCAGAUGCGAUCUGCGGAGAAGAGAGAGCAGGAGAGAAACCUGUCCCCGGUAGUCAAGCGAAGCAACACAGUUGGGGAGGCCCAAGCCAUUGAAACAAUCCUGCAAUCGAUUCAGCACGACUGGGACUUCAUGACCGAUGCCGAGUGCGUGCCCGUACACGUUGCUUUGAGCCUGAUGGAUACUAGUACGUUAGGGAAGGCGGACCGCGAAGAUGACUUCCUGCGCAUGUAUAACGAUAUACAAAAGACCUUGAAGGCCAUUGUGAACGAGCAUCACCAGGGAUUCAACAGUUCCAUCGGUAUAUACCACAAGAUCCAGUCAAACAUAUCGUCAUCACAGAGUCGAGUACGCAGCUUGAGGAAUGCGCUGGAUCAAGCUAAGUCCGGAUUAAUAUCGACCAAGCCCGAACUGAAAGGACUAGCAACAUCUUCUCAGAACUAUGAUGAUAUUGUUCAACUGUUCACUCAAAUCGAAGAGAUUCAAUCUUUGCCCGAGAAGCUCGAAUCACAAAUUUCAGACAAGCGCUUCCUAGCAGCAGUGGAUGUACUCCAUACUGGUCUCCGAGUCCUACGGCGCUCGGAGCUGGAGGAAAUCGGCGCCUUGUCCGACAUUCGCGCAUACUUCAUCAACCAGGAAACAUCACUUACAGAUAUCCUGAUUGAGGAGCUGCACGAUCACCUAUACCUCAAAUCGCCGUAUUGCUCAGAUCGGUGGAAAGCCCCAACCACCGAGGGCGAGUCCACUGCUUCUGGUUGGGCUGGGAAUCGAUCAUGGGAACGGCCUGUUUAUAGUUUCCUGGCCAAGUUCGAUCCAUUGACACCGAUGAUCGAGGAUGCCUCCCGGAACCCAGAAGCCGAUACGUUCUCUUACAUACAGCUUCUGAUUGAGGCCCUCAACAAGAUGGGGCAUCUGGAUAUUGCGGUACACAGAAUUGAACAGCGCCUGCCGGUUGAGUUGUUUGCUGUGGUGGACAAGACGAACGCAGAGGUCGAUGCACGCUAUCCGGCACCCAACAAAAGCUUUUCGGCUCAGGACAACUACUACAAGCAGUCUAAUCUCCCCACUGAGAUCAUUGAGAAGCGAGGCCAUGUUCUUUCUGAGUUCUUGUGGGCGCUAUAUGCUAAAUUUGAAGCAAUUGCGGAAGGCCAUCGGAUUCUUCACGAUGUCGUUGCUGCGAUUGUUGAGAGAGAAGGGCUGAAAAGCGAGACGCUCUCUGGUGGAUUUAAGGAGCUAUGGUCCCUUUUGCAAAGCGAGAUACGAUCUCUCAUGCACGAUUACCUCGCGACCGACGGGGAUUCAUCCGCCAGGCAAGAAGAAACCGACUCUCGUCGCCACAUCUACUCAAAUGCCCGUGAUAAGACUAAGAAAAUGUUCAAAUUAUCCGAUAUUGAGCACAGCUUGGAGAUGAAAGCGGAGCAAGACGAACUGGAUGAAAUUCUCAAAUCAUCGGUCCCAGGCCUUGUUUCCAAGUCGAGGGCAAAGACUGCGACAAAUGACACCACUCAGUCCAACAAGGGCAACUCAGGAACCGGGCACAAGAUAUUGCUCGAACCAAGUGUUUUCAACAUGGGUAUCCUUCUUCCCCCUUCUUUAUCCUUCAUCCAGCGUCUCAAGGAUAUCGUUCCCGUCGAUUCAAAUAUCUCCAUGAGCACAUUGACGUCCUUUUUGGAUGACUUUAUGGUCAACGUCUUCUUGCCUCAGCUCGACGAGACUGUGACGGAUCUGUGCACACUGAGCUUCAUCGCGGCCGAUGCCUUUAUGGAGGAUCCUCAAUGGUCCAAGGUCUCUCCACGGCCUGUAUUCAAGGGCACAGUUAAGUUCAUGUCAAUUGUCAGAGAAUUCAGCAAGAUGCUCUCAAGCAUCCCACAUGAUCAGGCAUUUACUCAGCUUCUGAUUGACCAGAUCGUGACGUAUUAUGACAAGUGCUGUGGAUGGUACAAGGCGAUGGUCACAAAGGUUUCCGCUCACAACACCAAUGGCGAGGUUCGAUUAAAAGCGGCAGCGUCAUUUGUCGAACAAGGCGACAUCCAUGAUACAGUCGAUGAGCUUUGGAAGGGUGCCGGUGACAAGAAGCAGACCUUGAUCGAUACUGAGAUUGAUCUGCUUUUGAAGCGAACCAACGAGGUGCCCCUGGAACCAUACGAUAUCAUAUCCGAUCCGAAGACAGUGGUGUCACUCUCACUUUUGUAUAACAGUAUGCAAUGGCUUGGAAGCCACCUUGCGAGGAUCCGCCAGGUAGUGGAACACACCGCGGAUGCCGAAUCAUCAAGUUUGACAGCGACUGGCCGGCCCUCUCGCCGAUGGACUUUGUUCGGGUCCACGAAGCCAAAGCGCGAUAGUAUCAACAACCCCGUGCAUUUGCCACUGAACCACGAGACCGCUGUGGCCUUCGAUGGAACCCUUGAAUCAUUACAUGGACUGGGCUCUACGGCACUUCUCACGAUGCAUGUGGAUAUCCGCUGUGGCAUCAUCCAUAUGUUGACCAGAACCAUGUCGGGGCCCAAUCCACCGACUCUACGAAACUCUGAGCCGGUCACACCCUCCCCCAGUCUGGUGGAGAACUGGUGGCACAUCAUUAUGAACCAACCAACCGCCGCUUCGCCCACAAUCCUCGCGCUGAAUAACGAUCUCAUCGCAUUCGACACCAACAUCUCAACCUACUUGGGCUCUGCCGAACGAUGGUUCAUUACCUCCGGCCUGGCGCGGUUCAUUGACCGCGUUUUCGUAGCCAGCACCCGAUACAUCGGAGCAAUGAAUGAGAACGGAGCUCUGCGUCUCCAGCUCGAUGUACUCGUUCUUCAACAGAACUUGAAGAACAUCAUCAUUGACCCCGCUAGUGAUGCACCGUCGCCGACGACAGAUCUACAUGCGCAGGCAUCCCAGGAGGUUGUUGCACUUCCACGCAGCGCCAAGUUCCUCGAUUGGUUCCUUGAGGGGGCCGAAAAGUCCCUGGACUAUUCCAAAGACGAGAAAGAGGCGUUCGCGUCACAAGGUGCCAAGGCCUUGGCUGCUGGCAACGGUGAACCAUUCACUUACGAUGAACUGCGGGUUCUGGUCGACCUUUGUUUCUCCGAGAUCUUGCGCGGCCCGCGUGGGGCAGAGAGUCGAGAGGACUUCAUGUCGGCGAAGAAGGCUAGUGCGGAUGCGCUACUGAGGCUGAACGAGAUCAUGUGGGAUGCCCGGUAG